AUGGUCAAUACUUUAACAAUCACUCAAGAUAUACAAAAAUAUGAAUUUGUAUCAUCAAUUGAGUUAUCUAGAAAUCAGAAGAAAUUAUUAAAAGAUGUUAUUAACAAUUCAGAAAUUACCAAUUCAUUAUUCUUAGACAUUAAACCAUUAUUAAAGGAUACAUAUAAUUUAGCCAUUUCUGAAUAUUCCAUCGGUAGCUUAAUUUAUCAUUAUAGCCAAUUAUUUUUAUUAUCAACCCAAGUUGUGUGUAAAGCAUUAGCCAAAGAUUGGAUUAAAGCUAUUUGCCCACAAAAGCAAGCUCGUUAUCCUUAUAAAUUCCCCGAAUUACCUCCAUGGUGGCCAAAAGAUGUUCCUCAUGUUGAACCUGAUCAUCUUUCAAAAGAGAAUAGAAUAGAGUUAUUAAUCAGUAUUAUUAGACACGAAUCGGUUAAUUUAUUACAAUUAAGACAACUGAUUAAUAUGAACCACUUGAAAAACAAUUUAUCUGUUAACAUGGUUUAUAUCAAUAAAUUGAUUUAUGAAGUCUUCUAUGUUAGUCUUUAUGAACGUUGGAUUUUAAAUUAUGGAAUCUUUGAAAAUCUGGAAUUAUUCAAUGAAUUAAAUUUGCAUCCUAACACUAAGGGAAAACCUACUACAUUGAAAAUAAGCUGUGUUGACUCAGUAGUAUUAAGAACGAUGGAUUUAAGUGAAUUAAAUCAUCGUUGCUUCAAUUUGAACGAACAAGGUGAUAAUCUGGGUAAAAUUAUUCUCAGACACAAGUCUCCCGAAACAGAUUCUUCAGAUGAAGAUUUUGUUGUUAAGAAAAGAAAAAAGACAUCUAAACGUAAGAAAUGGAAGAAAUCUAAAGUUUCAAGAACUGACUCACCAACUUUGGGAUUUGAUGGUUAUUCUGACAAUGAGGUUAAAUUGGAAUUCAAAGAAGCUGUUAAACCACCAUCGUUUAAACCCCCAACCGCUAAUAUUUUCGUUCCAGAUUAUCAAGAUAAAUUUAUUGUCUUACCGGUACCUGUUUCUUCGUCACCUAAAUUGAAAUCUACACAACCAGCGUUGUUAAGUUUCCCAAAAAUCAAUCCACUUGAAAAAUACCUUGUUGAUACAGAACCGUAUUGUUCAAGGUUUUCACCUAUCCCUAGUGUUGAUAACUUUGGUAACACUUCUCCCUUAGCAGCAUUGCAAGAGGAAAGGUAUGAUUCAUCACCAUCUUUGAGUUUAAGUGAUUCACCAGAUACAUCAAUCUCUGAUAUAAAAAUCAAAGACGAACAUGAAACCCCAUUUGAUUCAUUUGAUGCUUUCCGUGAAUCUGAUUCCAAUUUCCGAUUCGUUCAAGAUUAUGAAGACUUAUUAAGUUCAUGA